AUGGGAACUCUUGAACGACCGUUUUCUUCUAUUCCAUCUUAUUCUCAGAAUGACUCCCACUUAUCAAAGUCUCAACAAUCUUCCGCACCUACAUUUUAUGAAUCAAGAAACGACCAGGGAUUGUUUGGACAUCCUCAUAUAUAUCCUCCUACAUAUCCUCCUAAUAGAGUGAGAAUCAGCAUUGAUACAAAGAGUAUGAUUAAUUCAGGUUUAGGUUCUGACGAUAGUUCUGGAACAAAACGAGUGAAUAAAACUCAUGUACCUAGCGCUUGUGUUAAUUGUAAGAGAGCACACCUUGCAUGUGACGAUUCAAAUUCGUUACCGCCUAGACACCAGUUGCACCAGCCUAACCAACAUCGUCAUCAACCUUCGUACGAUGCAAAAUCACCAAAAAUCAUUAGUCCACCAACUCAACCUAGGCCAAUUCAAAGACCUCAACCCAUAAUACAUUCACAAGAACAUAGCCCCAUUAUUACAAUGUUUUUGACAGUCGACAACGUUGCCUGUGCAAGAGUUUCAGAAGAAUGUCUUGGAAUAAUGGGAUAUUACCCAUUAGAAUUAUUACAUCAAUCCUUAUAUAGAUACGUGCAUGCUCAAGACAUCGAAAGAGUACAAAAAAUGAUUUCUUUGUUAUAUGAAGAUGCGAAUCGGUUUUGUCAAGCAUCUCAAUAUUCAUCAUCUAAUAAUAAUCCCGUUACAACUAAAGAUUCAAGAUUUUCACAAAUCAGCCCAGAACAUUUACAAUAUCCAGCUAUUAGUGGACCAAUAAAUGACGUAUCUGAUAUGAUACAUAUGAGACAAAGAAUAGGUCAAUAUGAUUUGUAUGAUGUAAGAAUGUGGUUUGGUGGUGGCCUUGGUGCAGAUUUGGCACGUAAAGAAACUUGGAAUGAAUUGUAUAUUGUGGGACGUUUCACUCGUGUCAAACUUGGAACUUGCUUAACAAAUGAAGGGUCUAAUUACGUUCAACCAAGAAAUUCAGUUGUUGGAGGAUUUUCGACAUCAAACUCAUCACAAUCCAAUAUCCCAAUUGAUCCCGAGUUAUUAAAUAUGCAUCACAAUCAUAAUGGUUCGUCCGGUUCGAGUUUAGGUGUUGGAAGAUCGGGUCUUAUAAGUCCUGUUUUAUCACCAAGAAUUCCUGAAAUUGUAUCACCACCUUUAUAUAAUGAUUAUAAUUACAAUCACAAAAAACUACGACCUAUUCACCCUCAUAAUCUGUACGAUCAUUAUUCACAGGAUCAUCGUUCGCAGGAUCACCGUAACGUUUCUGAAACUUUUGCUCCAACUUAUUCUCGUACAAAUCAAACUAUUCCUCGACAUGAACAUCUUUAUUCACCCUCUUCAUCAAUGUCAAUUUAUUCACCUUCAGGAUCACAAUCCUCAUCGUCAUUCGAAAGACGCUCAUCGGCAUUUAAUACGAGCGAUUCUUUCCCAAAGUUUCAAAAUGAUGAACGAGUAAAAGAUGUGAUUGUUUCUUCUAUACCAAGAGCAUCAUCUUCACGUGCGAGUACAGUUCGAGAAGAAUGUACUUCUACAAGGAUGAGCGUAAAUUCGUUACUAUGUUAA